AUGAACGUCAGCAGCGUCCAGCCUCCCUUCAUGAACCCAAGCGUCCCCUUCACUGGGUCCAUCCAUGGGGGCCUCCAGGAGGGACUUCAGAUCACUGUCACCGGGAUUGUGCACCAGUCCAGUGAAACCAGGUUUGCUGUGAACUUUCAGACCGGCUUCAGUGACCAGGACAUUGCCUUCCACUUCAACCCUCGCUUUGAAGAGGGCGGGUAUGUGGUCUGCAACACAAAGCAGAAAGGAAGCUGGGGGACAGAGGAGAGGAAGAUGCAAAUGCCCUUCCAGAGGGGGAAUCCCUUCCAGCUGUGCUUCCUGGUGCAGAGCAAGGAGUUCCAGGUGAUGGUGAAUGGAAACUUCUUCACGCAGUACUCACAUCGCGUGCCGUUCCACAAGGUGGACGCCAUGUCUGUCACUGGAACUGUGGGACUGACCAACAUCAGCUUCCAGAACACUCGCAUCAUCCUUGUCCAGCCUGCCUUCUCCGGGAUGCAAUUUUCCCAGACAGCCUGUUUCCCACCCAAGCCCAAGGGGCGCAAAUCGAAACCCCCAGGGUUCUGGCAGGCCAGCGCAGCUCCCAUGACUCAAACAGUCAUCCAUACCAUGCAGAGUGUGCCUGGACAAAUGCUCUCUAACCCUGUGAUCCCCCCUGUGAUGUACCCCAGCCCCACCUACCCGAUACCUUACUUCACAGCCAUCCCCGGUGGAGUGUUCCCCUCCAAGAGCAUCACCGUGUCAGGCACCGUCCUGCCCAGCGCUCAGAGGUUCCACAUCAACCUGCGCUCUGGGACUGACAUCGCCUUCCACCUGAACCCCCGUUUCAAUGAGAAUGCUGUGGUCCGAAACACACAGAUCAAUGGCUCCUGGGGUCCUGAGGAGCGUGGCCUCCCCCAAGCAAUGCCCUUCUCCAGAGGCCAGGCCUUCUUGGUGUGGAUCAUGUGUGAAGGUCAUUGCUUCAAGGUGGCGGUGAACGGUCAGCACCUGUUUGACUACUACCACCGCCUGAAGAACCUGCCCUCCAUCAACAACCUAGAAGUGGGAGGCGACCUCCAGCUGACACAUGUGCAAACAUAGGUGGGAUUCCUGGCCCUGGGGAGUCAGCUGGAGCACAUUGCUGUCAGGAUCCGCUCAUCACCUCCACUUCCCUUCCCUGUGCCAGACCAGCCCCUCCCUGCCCUUUCCAGCCUGCCCUGGAUCUGGUGUGACCAGGUCCCUGUGUGGCCCUGCUUCUGGCUGCAGCCCGCCUGGGGGAAGGCUGCCUUCUCCUCUGGAAGGCAGCUGGCUGGGACUGCCUUCCUCAGCCAGGGCACCACCUGUGACUCCUGCUGCCCAAUCCUAACACCCAAGGAAGGGGGUGGCGUGUGCAGGCUGAAGCCCCAUGUUCUGUCCCUUGGGCACAAAGGGAGGGUCUUGGGCCUUCCCAAGCUCCCAGCCUACCCCUUGUCUACCUUGGAUCCCAUUUCCCAGUGUCCAUUCAAGUCCUCCUGAGGCUCAAGCCACCAGCUGGUCACUCACAAGGGAGGUGGUCUCCUCAGGUUUCCUCUUUCUCCAACCUUUACCCUUUCCUUGUACCAUCACCAACCCUUACCCCUGUCCAAAAAAGUGACCUUGAUUGACACCUGCUGGUCUCCACCAACAAACAGGACCUUCUUCAGCUGGAAGGCCCCCUUUUCCAUUGUCCUUCAAAUAAAGUGAGAAAGAAAUAUCCCUGGUGGCCA